GCAAGAUCCUCUCGCAGCAGUGCAGGAAUACACGGUCAAUGCUUACCCUAUCAGGACUAGCCCUCUUUCAUGCGGAACAAUCCGGGUCAGCAGCACACGGAUGACCAAAAAGAUUCAGAAAAAGAAAUGCUUUGUCUCUCCGAUGCGGGGAAUCGAACCCCGAUCUCCUGUGUGAAAGACAGGUAUGAUAGCCGUUACACUACAUCGGAAGGUGUUGAAAACUGCUAGCAAGGAAACACUGACAUUGGUACCAACACUGGACUUUUGGAAUUGUUCGUGAAUGCUUCUC